AUGGAGCUCACGCAGGAGGUAGCUGAAAGAGGCGAAACAGUUGUCUCUUUGACCGUGGACAUUCUCGCCCACGCUGCGGCCACAAUUCGUGAAGAUCCGGCUGCAGAAAGUGAUGGAGUGCCAAUAUGGGGUGUAGUUGAAGGUGCCGUAUCCGCCUUGCACCAACUGGCAUCGCAUCCAGCAGUGGCAGCUCAUCUGUGCGAGGAUCCGGCUUUCUUGACCCUUAUAGUCGAGUUUCUCUCCAGAAGCGAUGUUUCUGGUGCUGAAGACGAAUUGCUUGAGCGUGAAUUGCUCAGCCUUCUCUACCAGCUUGGUAUGACUCCCGAAGGCUUAGUAAGACUCUCGCGCACAGUUGAAGAAGCUGGCGUCACACCGAUCUUGGUCGAGGCCAUGCGAUCGGAACACAAAUCCGUUGCUACUUAUGCUUCUGGUGUACUGAAGAAUUUGGAGAACGACAAGCCAGCACCAUAUAGACAGAUUCGCCACCUAUGUGACGAAAUACAGUAUGAUGGCUCAGGAGCACCUGAUCUUUCCUAUCCUACCAAGUCAGCAGUCUUAGGAUUGUGA